GUUCCACCUGCCCAGCCGAACAAAAGCCUGUUGUCGGAGUGGUUCCACCUGAAACUGUCAUGGAGGCCAGCUGAAGAGACCUUACCUGUGUCACACCUGCAGAUGAACAGAAACAGGAGUCAGAACAAUAAUGCUGCAGCAGCUUCUUCAUGUCGUAGACAAAUACAUCCAGGCCAAUCAUCAGGCAGGUGUGGAGCCCUUCACUGACGACCGUCCUAGUUUUCUCUGGAUAUUAGCGCGCUGUAGGCAGGACCCUAGAGCAGUGGCUACAGGAGGCUUCGUGUUGGGGUGGAACGAGUGUGUAACGGUGGGCCUGCAGGCUCCACACUGGUGCUAAGACACAAUGAAGAGGUUCAGAAGACACGCCCAUGAGUCCCAAAGGGAACGCCUCAAACAGGAGCUAUUCCACUUCAACAAGACGGUGGAGCAUGGAUUCCCCCACCAGCCCAGUGCUCUGGGCUACAGUCCGUCUCUGCAGCUGCUGGCCAUAGGAACCCGCUCCGGAGCCAUCAAACUGUAUGGAGCUCCAGGUGUGGAGUUCAUGGGUCUACACGAUGAGAACGCUGCUGUCACACAGGUGCACUUCAUGCCCCAUCAGGUCGAGUUGGUGACUCUGCUGGAUGACAACAGUUUGCACAUGUGGACUUUAAGAGGACACAAGGGAAUUUCAGAGCUUCUGGAGAUCGGACGCUUCAUGCUGACGGGCCCACCAGGUGCCCCCCCAAGUGUGACCAGCGUGACAGCGGUGCUGGCCCACUCCUCGGGGGAGUUGCUGCUGUUGGGGACAGAAGGAGGACACGUGUUUGUGGUUGAAGUCCCAGGAUUCAGAGAGCUGGAAGAGAGGAAUAUCAGCCUGGACCAAAUCACCAACAGCAUCCCAGACGAUUACCUCGGCCGUAGGAAUCUGGAGCACGUAGAGGCCCUGGUGGAGAACCCCAUCAACCCCAGUCAGGUCGUUAUUGGCUAUGGGCGGGGUCUGAUGGUCAUCUGGGACCUGGAGAAGAAGAAUGCUGUUCAGCACCUCCCAGCUACACAGCAGCUGGAGAGCAUGUGGUGGACCGAGGAUGGUAGCCACAUCCUCAGUUCUCACAGCGAUGGGAGCUACUGUCGCUGGAGAGUGGGAGGCCCUGAGGAGGAGGAGGAGGAGGAGGAGAAAUCAGACAUUCCUUAUGGACAUUUCCCCUGCAAGGCCAUCUCUAAAAUCGUUCAGCUCCCCACAGAAGAAGGGCCUCCCUUCCUGCUGUUCAACGGUGGCAUGCCCAGAGCCAGUUAUGGAGACCGACACUGCAUCACGGUCAUUCAUGGGAAGACACACGUGGCCCUGGACUUCACCUCCAGAAUCAUCGACUUUUUCGUCAUCAGAAGUGGACCGCAGCACACAGGAGAUCCCAGUGCGUUGGUGGUCCUGGUGGAAGAGGAGGUGGUUGUUAUUGACCUGCAGACAGAAGGCUGGCCUGUUAUUCAGACUCCUUACCUGGUGCCCCUCCACAGCUCAGCCAUCACCUGCUCCCACCAUGUCUCUGCCAUCCCCCUUAAACUGUGGGAGAGGAUCAUCACUUCUGGAGAGCUGCAGAAUGCACACUACUCUAAAAAGCCUUGGCCAAUAAUGGGAGGCCAGAACUUGGCCCCUGACCCUCCACAGAGAGACCUUCUGCUCACAGGACACGAGGACGGAACCGUCCGUUUCUGGGACGCAUCAGGAGUGUGCCUGAAGCCCAUGUACACACUGCGCACUGCUACAGCCUUCCACACUGAUGCUGAUCCCAACGACAACAUGAACCCAAGUGCUGAGGGGGAGUGGCCGCCGUUCAGGAAGGUUGGAUGUUUCGACCCUUACAGUGACGACCCAAGGCUGGGCAUUCAGAAGAUCCAUCUGUGUAAAUACAGUGGCCACCUGGCUGUAGCAGGAACCGCUGGACAGAUCCUGAUGCUGGAGCCGAACGACGAGGCAGCAGAGCACACGGUGGAGACUAAGGUCGUAGACCUGCUGCAGGGCCAAGAAGGAUUUCGCUGGAAGGGCCACACUCGGCUGAAUGUCCGGGAGGAUCCAGUGGAGUUCCCUGCAGGCUUCCAGCCCUUCACCUUGGUCCAGUGCCAGCCCCCUGCUGUGGUCACAGCUCUCAGUCUGCACUCGGAGUGGAAGCUGGUGGCCUUUGGGACCAGCCACGGCUUUGGCCUGUUUGAUUACCAACAGAACAACAACGUCUUUGUCAGGUGCACCCUAAACCCGAGUGACCAGCUGGCACUCGAAGGUCCUCUGUCCAGAGUGAAGAGCAUCAAGAAGUCUCUCCGACAGUCCUUCAGGAGAAUCAGACGUAGCCGCGUUUCUCUGAGGAAACAUCACGCCAAUAACGCUGCUAAGAUCCAGGAGGCCAACGCUCGUAUGGAGGCUGAACUUGCCGAGAUGGAGCUGGCCCCCGUGCAGAGAAAGAUCGAGGCCCGCUCCUCGGACGAUUCCUUCACUGGCCUUGUGCGGACGCUCUACUUUGCCGACACCUUCCUCUCUGACAGCACACACCACACACCCUCCCUGUGGGCGGGCACUAAUGGAGGCUGUGUGUUUGCAUAUAUGAUCCGCCUUCCUGCUAUAGAGCACAGAGCAGAUGAGCCUGUCACCGCUCAGCCAGCCAAGGAGAUCCAGCUGAUGCACCGCGCUCCUGUUCUCGGUAUCGUGGUUCUGGAUGGGCACGGCGCGCCGCUCCCCGAGCCUUUGGAGGUGGCUCAUGACCUGGCCCGCUCACCUGACAUGCAGGCGUCCCAUCAUGUGGUGGUCACGUCUGAGGAGCAGUUUAAGGUGUUCACGCUGCCUAAGGUGAGCUCUAAGAUGAAGCUGAAGCUAACGGCCGUGGACGGCUCCAGAGUGCGGCGAGUGGGCGUGGCCUGGUUUGGCAGCAGCCGUACGGAGGACUACGGUGAGAGUGGCCUGGUGGUUCUCACCAAUCAGGGCGACGUGCACGUGGUGUCACUGCCUCAUGUUAAAAUGCAGGUUCAUUACCCGUGCAUUCGGCGGGAGGACGUGAGCGGCAUCGCCUCCUGCGUUUUCACCAGACAGGGCCAGGGCUUCUACCUGAUCUCUCCGUCUGAGUUUGAACGCUUCUCUCUGUCCACUCGUUUCCUGGUGGAGCCUCACUGUCUGGUGGAGCCUCCUUUUCAUUCAGCCCCGUUGAGCCAACACCAACCAGAACCUGAUGGAGCUCACAGAAUCCCCCAGGAUGGCGAGGAAGCAGAAAGUACAGCUAGAAGCAUCAUGGAGCACGCUUUGCUGAAUGACGAGAAGGUUCUUCAGGAGAUCCAGAAGUCACUGGAGGGCGACCAGACGUCGUUCCUGGAGAACAGCAUGAAGAGCGCCGUAGCCUGAGCUGUAGCAGCAGACCAGGAAUCAGACUCCACCACCUGCAUGAAGUGUCCCCGCUAACCACUACUGACCCUCUAUAGCCCCGCCCUUUCUAGAUGGACACCAAACACUGGAAGCUCUCUGAAGUCUUCCUGGUGAAGGAGGAAAACGCCACCUGUGCCUAUGAACCUCUGCACUGGGUCCGUUUGACCCACCCUUCCUCACCUGCAGCCUGAAACCCUGCCUUGCCUUCAGGCAGCUGGACAGAUGUGGACAUAGAAUGGAAUGGUGAUUUAACACCGACAACCUUAAUCUGAGCUAGAUGAGAACAUUUGAAGAAAGUUCACUCUCUUGAUUUUACUCUUUUAAACUUUAGACUUUUGAGAUCAGUUUAUAAUUUAAUGAUUUUUCUACAUGAAUGAACCUUUUGGAUGAAAAAGUCUUUAAAUGUGAGAAACGUGGCCAAGAAGCUCUGCUCCAAGGUAACUCAGGGUUCCACACAUCCAGACUUUUUAGCAGAGAUCAGAUCCUGAUGGAGAGGCUCCGCCCAUGCCCGCCUGACCACAACAAAGUGUACCUUCUCUAGUUGGUCCCUGAUGGGUGAUACUUAGGAAUGUAGAUAAGCUGAUUGUAUUAUACCUGCUGUAGACCAGGUGUGGCUGUGGGCGGAGCUAUUACACUACCACGUGAGUCGGUACUGUAUGCUGGGGGUUUUAGCGUCAGCCUAGAACAUAUUUUUGUAGCGACCUGAUCAAGAACCCGAAUGUUUUGUGGAAUUGUAAGUACUUUGACACUACAGUUGUAUUUGCAGACAAUAACAUGUUUUUCUUAAGAACAAA